AUUUCUAACACGUCCCAUGCAUUCUUCCCCACAGAUGUGUCGCAGCAGGUCCAGGACAGCCUCCAGAGCAUGCUGAAGAUGACGGGCGAGAUCGAGCAGUGCAGUGACGAGAUCGAGGUGGAGAUCGAGCAGGCCAAGGAGGGCGUGGCUGACAAGUGCAGGGUGCUCGAGGAGGAGAAGGAAAGGUUCCAGAAGGUGGCACUCGCAGCGCUCAACAUCCUGAGCGGCGGCAUCUGAAGCCUGCACCACCUUGAUGUCAACAAAGACAAUCCUGAUAACUGCCCCGCUCUGUAGAUCACCGUUCAUGUGCAAGCCUAUUAAUGAACCGCUAGUUGUACUCCUCCAUAUGUGACUGUUGCCAAUUGUCAGUUCGUCACAAGUGUUAGCCACCAUUCUUUUGCUUGGCCUGUCAGCCACUCGGAUCAAAGUGUGGUGGCAGUAGCAAUAGUAGUACUAGUUUGUUCA